AUGAGUACAUCCGAAAAUGACAUAUCACCAGUUCAAGUUGCAUUACGUAUUCGACCAUUAGUGGAUAGUGAAAUUUUAAAAGGUUAUCAGCGUGUUUUACAAACUGUUCCAAACGAACCACAAGUCUAUGUGAAGGGUACCGAUAAGGCUUUCACAUAUAAUCAUGUUUUUGAUUCUUACAUCAGUCAAGAACAAUUCUACAAUCAAGCCGUUAAACACAUGGUCUGUAAUUUAUUUAAAGGCUACAAUGUCACUGUACUUGCGUAUGGCCAAACUGGUUCAGGAAAAACCCAUACAAUGGGAACAACUUACACUCAUAACGAAGAACAAAUGGGCGUUAUUCAGCGAGCAAUUAAUGACAUAUUCGCAGAAAUUGCAACGAAUACCGAAUAUAAUUUCGAAGUAACUGUAAGUUUUAUGGAAUUAUAUCAAGAACUUUUAUACGAUUUAUUAGCAGAACGACCUAGAGAUCAAAGUAUCGUUGAUAUUCGUGAAGAUAUUCAUGGCGGCAUUCGUAUAGCAGGUUUAACCGAAUUAACUGUGACAAGUGCCAAAGAAACUGGAGAAUAUUUACGUCUUGGCUCGCAACUACGUGUAACUGGUGCAACUGCUAUGAAUACCCAUUCAUCACGAUCGCAUGCAAUUAUUACAAUUGCAAUUCAGCAACAGAAUAAAAUUAAUACAGAAAUUGCAACAACUUCAAAAUUUCAUUUAGUUGAUUUAGCUGGAUCGGAACGUCCGAAAAAAACAAAGGCUACUGGAGAACGAUUUAGAGAAGGUAUUAAAAUUAAUCAAGGUUUGUUGGCCUUAGGAAACGUGAUAUCAGCACUAGGUGAUGAAAACCAAAAACUACAUUCUUAUAUUUCGUAUCGUGAUAGUAAAUUGACAAGAUUGUUACAAGAUUCGCUAGGUGGGAAUUCCAUCACUUUAAUGAUUGCUUGUGUCAGUCCAGCGAGUUAUAAUGUUGAUGAAACAUUAAGUACGUUGCGAUACGCAGAUCGUGCUCGAAAAAUUAAAAAUAAACCAUUGGUUAAUCAAGAUUCUCGUGGUAGUGAGUUGGCGGCUUUACAUCAUGAAUUAAACGAGUUACGAUCGCAGCUAUUAAAUCAGUCUGAAAGCAAUACUUCGAAUAAUAUAAAUGAAACAUAUUUAUUAGAAAUACAAGAACUAAAAGACGAAAAUCAAAUGUUACGACUAAAAAAUGAGGAAUUAACUGAGCAGUUACAUAAAUUAAUCGUCGAUAGUACAAGCAUGUUCGAAAGAUCGAUGAUCACAGAAAACGGUUGUGAUAAAUUACAACAAAAUUUAACCGAAUUAAUCGAACAAUACAAUGGUACAUUCGAUAAAUUGCAUUUAACUAAAGAUCAAGAGGAUAUUUAUAAAGAUUUGGGGACUAAAAUUGAAGAUAUGCAAUCGCUUUGUAAAUUAAAUGCAAAAGAAAUAUUGCAUUAUGAUAUGAAUCAACAGCAAUCGAGUCAACAUCCUGAUUUAGUGACGGAUACUUUGUCUUCCACUACAUCGACAGCUCUUGAUUCACCCACGUCGUCGGAAAAUGAUGAGAAUUUUGAAAAUAACUCAGAAUCACAUAUGCGUCAACAAUUAGCGUUUAGCAAUCAAUUACAAGAGUUAACACGAUCGCUAGCGUUAAAAGAACAGUUAGCUUCACAAAUAGCGGCUAAUUGUGAUACUCAAAUUGUUGAUAAGAUUUCGCUGCAAGAAAAUGAACAAAAAAUUGUGGCAUUAAUGAAAGAGAAAGAUGAAUUAUUACAGCAAUUAAAAAAUGUUCAUUCAACAAACCAAUCUAAUAAAUUAGCUGAACAACGUCGAAAUCGUGUCCAAGAACUCGAAACACAAAUACAAGAAUUAAAUAAAAAAGUUCGGGAACAACUAACGAAAAUUCGAUUAGUAAAAUUAAUGCGACAGGAAGCGGAUAAAUAUAAACAAUGGAAAAUAGAACGUGAAAGAGAAAUGAGUAAACUUAAGGAUAAAGAUCGUAAACUAAAGAAUGAAAUGAUUCGUAUGGAAAGUAUGCAUGCAAAACAGCAAAUAGUUUUAAAGCGUAAAUUUGAGGAAGCAUCUGCGAUUAAUAAGCGUUUAAAAGAUACGCUACAAUUACAGAAAGUUGUUAGGGAAGAUCGUCGGAUGAGUCAAUCAUUUCAUAACAGUCAUAAACUGGAAAAGAUUCAACAAUAUAUUGCACAAGAAUUAGAAAUUUUGGUAAGUACAGUUCAAGCAGAACGUACUUUGGAUCAUUUAAUGGAAGAGCGAAAAAAUGCUAUCAAACAAAAAGAGGCAUUACAAGCACUUGAAGUUCGUAACAAUGAUAUAUCCGCUCAACUAACCGAACUAAAUGAAGAAAUUGAGUUACGUACUAACCAAAUUAAUGAUAUACGACAAAAAAUCUCGGAAUCUGAUCAAGAGAUCAAAUCAAAAGGUCGUUGGGAAAUAGUUCAAUCAAUGAGCGAUGCAAAAUGUGCACUAAAAUUUCUUUUUGAAUUGGCUGGUGAAGUAAAACGUCGUGAAAUUUUAAUUGAAGCAAAUCAUCGAGAAGAAAUUGAUGAAUAUAAACGGAAAUUAAAUCAAUCUGAAAAGAAAUUAUGUGAAUUUUCUUUACAUCAUGAAAGACAAAUUGCUCAAUUAGAAAAUGAAUACGAGGAAAAAGUUUUUAAUUUAUUACAACAAAUGUAUACCGAAAAAUCUGGAUGUGGAGAUCACUAUGAUACAGCCACAUCAGAAAAUCAUUUUGGUACUGCACCAUCACAAUCUCCAAAGAUGGACUUCCCUGACCAAAUUGACGUAACAAACGAAAAUCUUGGUAAUAUUCCCUUGACAACUAUUUAUACAACCGAUGACGAAAAUGAUAAUGAAUUUAAUGAGAAUAGAAAUGAGAACUUUCAUGACAAUGAUGACAAAGGCGACCUUGAAGAGAAUUGUGAUGAUGGGUUGGAUAAUUUUAUGGAGAAUGCUAGUUUUGCAUCGACAGUUACCUUAGACGAUCGUAACGAAGAUUUUAGAACACCUAUAACGGAAGAUUUUGAAGAUGAUGAGAAUAUUAGUGAUUGGGAACCACAGAAGUCACCUUCAAGUGUAAGAUCAACUUCUAAUUUAGCUAAAAGAUCUAAAGGGAGUACCAAACGAUGUGCAUCAACGAUUUCAAUGAUUCAAGGUGAUAAUAAAAGUGUGAUCAAAUGUAAAUGUCGUGGUGGAACCUGUCAAACACGACAAUGCCGAUGUAAAAAGACAAACAGCGAAUGUACAACGAACUGUGAUUGUACAAAAAUGUGCCAUAAUAAACAAUUAAAUCAUUUUACAAUUAAUCAUAAUAAUCGCUCUAAAAGUAAAAAUAAUAUUGAUAAUAAUGUGAUAUUUUCAAAUAGUUUUAUGGGUAAUGCACGUUAUUUUGAAAUGACUGGAUCUAUUCAAUCAAUUGCAAUUAAUAAAAAUGAUUCAUCUAAUUAG